GAAGUGAUUGCCGACUUCAUCCUCGACACUGCCCACGGGCGGCCGACCAAGAUCGGCAAGAAGGGGGAUGUCGACAAGGUGGAAGAGGUGUCAGGUGUGGACAGGGAGCGACUGGCGGCGGCGGGCGACGCGGCCAAGGACGAGCAGGGCAGCGGCAAGGCGCCCUCAUCCACGGAGGUCGACUACCACGACAUGACGGUCGAGGAGUGGCUCAAGAGCGCCUUCAGCGGCUCCAGGCGCUACCUUCAGUACCUCGACGUCUUCGAGGCCAAGUACCCAUCCGUCGAGGCCAUGGCGCGGGAGAGCGACCUCCGACUCGCACUCGACGUCUGCUAG